AUGGCAGAAGGAUGCAAUGUUCUGGCAUCAAAGGUUGCGGAUCAAAUGUUGCAAAUGGGAGAUAAGAAUUCAAGAUUUUUCCAUCUCAGUACUAUUCAAAGGAGGCUAGGGAAUCAAAUUGUGAAGCUAAAAGACGAAUUUGGCAUUUGGCGAUCUGAGGACAAAGAAAUAGCAGGUAAGAAGGGGCAUGAAGUUCUUGUUCAAGGGGGUGUGAUUGAUGAUCUUGGAAGACAUCUGGUUGAGCAAUAUGGAAUCGGACCUUGUUUUAAGAUGCAAAACCUCAAACGCAUCGUGACAUCCAAACAACUCCCCACGUGCUAUGUGACUUACUUGACUUUUCGGCAGCGAAUUCCAUAUGGAUUAAUAUCGGAAUCCCCUCUUCGGUCCAGUAUUCCUUCUCCGGCUGCUUUGGUGAUUGGGUUCACUUGACCUUUGCUUCCAGAGUUUCCCACCAUUCGGGCACUCGCUGGUGUGUCCUCUUUCCCACCUGUGGCUAAAACGAAACCGAAAAAUCUUCAACAGCCCCUCCAUCACAAACACCUCCCUACAGGAUACCGUAAUUGCAAAGGCUUUCGAAUGGCAAUACAUCGUCCAACCUGCUAAGCAACCAAAUACUACCCCGCCUCCUGGAAUAUUAAAACUCAAUUCUGAUGGGUGUGUAAGUUCAGCCACCUAUGAGGCUACUGCUGGUGGGAUUGUGUGCGACUCAAACGGCGCAUGGGUAAUGGGCUUCUGCCGUAAAUUGGGCUCAUGUCCUCUUAGUCAGGAGAGAUUUACGUGCUGCGAGAAGGACUUCAACUACUCCUCGCUAACAACCUCAGGAAUACAGAGAUUGAAGUGGAUGCUUCAGUCAUUGUCGUUCUAAUUCAGAACGACGCACUUGAGAGUCAUGCAUUAAUAUCCGCUAUACGUGAUUGCAGGUCCCUCCUCCUUCAACUCGGGUCACCGCCGUUGAAGCAUAUCCGUAGGAAAGGAAACAAAUGUGCAGACAUCUUGGCACGUGAAGCUCGCACUAUGGCAGAAUCUACUACUUUUUUUUCAUUUGCUCCUUAAUGUAUUAAUCGGCAACUGCUAGAUGACAUUCGUAAUUCUAAUAUAUGCUUUUUCUACCCAAAAUAAAUAAAUUUUAUAUCAGAAGAAAGAACUAUAGUUCGAUUGUAUUUUGCCUAGUAUAAUGCAACAAGAAGCCUCAAUGUGGUGGACUUACUUGAGAGACUUGAAAUUUUAAAUUGAUUUUUUUUUACGUAUA